UGUGAGGAUUACGCCACUUUUACUGAUGCUCGUUAGGAGACGCGUAAGAAUAUGACUAAGCAAUCGGCAAUCAAACUGCUCAACAUGGUCGCCAACGGAGGCAAGAAGCUGUCGUCAGGCAAGGUGCAAUCGCAAUCCGACGACAGUUUUGGACGCCGACCGGUCUGUUUGUCUGUGACCAGCACGUCGCCCCCAUUGCCCGGUGGGGGUUCUCGUUUCUAUCAAGCUUCCUUGCGCAGCUACAGCUACUGGUCUCCAAGCGAACAGGGUGCCACACUGGUAUGGCGAGACCUGUGCGUAUAUGCAACGGCAACAGCUCAAAUUGGGCUGAAAGGAUCCAGCAAGCCAUCGAUCAAACGCAUCAUCAACAACGUGAGCGGUGCGGUUACUCCCGGAUCGCUGAUAGCGCUAAUGGGCUCGAGUGGCGCCGGAAAGAGCACACUAAUGGCGGCGCUAGCGUACCGUACGCAACCGGGAACCAUCGUUCAGGGGGACAUUCUAAUCAAUGGGCACCUGAUCGGACCGUUCAUGUACCGGCUUAGUGGAUUCGUGCACCAGGAUGACCUGUUUGUCAGCACGUUGACGGUGUGUGAGCAUUUGCAUUUUAUGGCCAAACUAAAGCUGGAUCGCACCGUUAGCAACAAGGCCGUUGAUCAGAUGAUACGCGAACUGUUGGACCGUACCGGUCUGACCCGGUGUGCACGGACACGCAUCGGCGAGGCGGGCGAGGGCAAGAUGUUGUCCGGUGGUGAGAAAAAACGGCUUGCCUUCGCCACCGAAUUGUUGACCAAACCGACCAUCCUUUUCUGUGACGAGCCAACCACGGGUUUGGACUCGUUCAACGCACAAGCACUAGUGUCGACGCUCCAACAGCUAGCGAAACGUGGUACAGCGAUCAUAUGCACGAUUCAUCAACCAUCGAGCCAACUGUUCUCGAUGUUCGAUCAGGUAAUGUUGCUGGCCGAAGGACGCGUUGCCUACGCCGGAAAGCCGAACGAUGCGCUGCAAUUUUUCGCUCAACAUAACUUUGAGUGUCCACCGAACUACAACCCGGCGGAAUUUUUGAUCGGAGCCCUGGCGACGACGCCCGGCUUCGAGAAGGCUUCGCAACGCUCCGCACAGCGGAUGUGCGAUCUCUUCGCCGUCAGCGAAGCCGCCGGUCAACGGGACGUUCUGAUAAACCUCGAGAUGCACAUGGCUGAAACUGGCGAGUUUAGUAUCAACGAUGAGCAGCAUCUGGCAGCGCCACCUUCCUGGUUCUACACAACUCUAUGGCUCACGUAUCGCACAUGGUUAACCGUUGUACGGAAUCCAACAGUGCAGUAUCUACGCUUUCUUCAGAAGAUGGCGAUUGCGAUUAUGGCCGGACUCUGCUUUUCCGGCGCGAUCGACACAACACAGCUCGGAGUGCAGGCGAUGCAAGGCGUUUUAUUCAUCCUGAUCUCAGAGAACACCUUCUCGCCAAUGUACUCGGUUUUGUCCGUUUUCCCCGAGACAUUCCCUCUGUUUAUACGUGAAACUAAGAACGGACUGUACCGUACUUCGCAGUACUACGUGGCAAACGUUGCAGCAAUGCUGCCCGGUCUCAUCUUGGAACCAUUGCUAUUCGUACUCAUUGCGUACUGGCUGGCCGCGCUUCGUCCUUCGUUUUAUGCGUUCGCCAUGACCAGCAUUGUUGCGAUGCUUGUAAUGAACGUUUCCACGGCAUGCGGAUGCUUCUUUUCAGCUGCCUUCAACUCGAUGCCAUUAGCUUUGGCGUACCUAGUACCGUUCGACUACAUCCUGAUGAUCACUUCCGGUGUCUUCAUACAGUUAGGUACCAUGCCGGUGGCGAUUCAAUGGCUCCCUUACAUCUCCUGGAUGAUGUACGCCAAUGAGGCAAUGUCCAUCGUACAGUGGGAAGGUGUAACAAAUAUAACAUGCUCUACUCGAAGCGAAAAACUACCAUGCUUAGAAUCUGGUCACGAAGUACUAGAGUAUUACAGCUUCAAUGAAAGACACCUAUGGGUCAACAUUGGUGCAAUGGUAGUUCUGUACUUUUGUUUUCACAUUCUUGGUUACCUUUUCUUAAGGCGCAAAGCGAAACGUUAGGCGAGU